AUGACCGACAUGUUUCGUGAUACUGGAAACGAAGAUCGGGUUGUCUUAGUAGAGUCUGAGGAGAGGCACGAUGAACUUCAAACUGAGCUCAGAGCAGUGAGAGCAAUGAAACCUCCAGCUUAUGUUCCAAUGCAGGUGAGGACCUAUGAUGGGCCCUCUGGACAGCCUGGAGGAUCUGAAUUGGUUCAGCACACCAGUGUGAACAUCGUCACUGAGCCUCCAAAGGACCAUUUUAUCUGGUCCCUCCUCUGCUUUGCCUACUCAAACCCCUGUUGUCUUGGACUUGCAGCUCUCAUUUAUUCUAUCAAGGCCAGAGACCGGAAGGUGGUUGGAGAUUUGGAGGGUGCACGGCAUUAUGGGGCCACUGCUCGCCAGCUUAACGUCACCUCCACAGUCCUGGUUGCCCUUGGACUCCUGUUUUUCAUUAUUACGAUGAUAGUUGUAUUGGAAGGGGUAUAUCAUUAA